CCGGCCCCCCUCGCCCCGCCCCCUAUAUAAAGCGUGCGGCGGGCUCGGUGCCGCGCAGUUCGCUGAGCGCGGCUGGCGGGACGGGCUCGCUGCUGCUGCCGCCGCUUCCCUCGCCAUGAGCAGCGGCGCGGGCCCCGCCGCCCGGCUCUGCCGCCUGGAGCGCGGCCCGGACGGGUACGGCUUCCACCUGCACGGCGAGAAGGGCAAGCCCGGCCAGUUCAUCCGGCUGGUGGAGGCGGGCUCGCCGGCCGAGCAGUCGGGGCUGCGUGCUGGGGACCGGCUGCUGGAGGUGGACGGCGAGAACGUGGAGAGGGAGAGCCAUCAGCAGGUGGUGGAGCGGAUCCGUGCCGCCGCCGGCGCCGUCAGCCUCCUCGUCGUUGACUCGACGGCCGAGGAUCAGCUGGCGAAAGGCGGCGGGGCGGGUGCGGAGCCGCCGGUGGUCGGUGGGCAGGCGGCCCCGGUGCCGGCGGAGCCCACGGUGCGGGAGCCCAGCGGUGGCGAGCAGCGGGAGGAGCUGAGACCUCGGCUGUGCCACAUGAAGAAGGGUCCAGAUGGCUACGGCUUCAACCUGCACAGUGACAAGAGCCGCCCAGGGCAGUAUGUGCGUGCUGUCGACCCCGGCUCACCGGCUGAGGCAGCAGGGCUGGCCCCCCAGGACCGCAUCAUCGAGGUGAAUGGUGUGUGCAUGGAGGGCAAGCAGCACAGUGAUGUGGUGGCAGCUAUCAAGGCGAGUGGUGAUGAGACCAGGCUGCUGGUGGUGGAUGUCCUCACAGAUGAAUUCUUCAAGAAGUGCAAGGUGGUGCCCUCGGAGAAGCACCUGACAGGUCCCUUGCCAGAACCAGUUGCCAAUGGUGAUAUAGGGAAGGAAAAUGGUGGAGAGCCACGAUCCAACUCAGUGUCUGAGAGCCCAUCCAGCCCGGCGCCACUGGCCGUGUCCCCCAACUCCAGCGAGACCCACAGCGAGCCUCAAACACAGGAGGGUGAUAAACACCAUUCAGCAUCUGGCUCCCUCCUGGACCUCGACAUCCCGCUGGCUGUGGCCAAGGAGCGGGCACACCAGAAGCGCACCAGCAAGAGAGCACCCCAGAUGGACUGGAGCAAGAAAAAUGAACUGUUCAGCAACCUGUAAAGGCCCUGAGGCAGGGUGAGGGUCUUCUAGCCCUCCCCAGCCCCAUAUCCACCUCUCCUGCACUCCUCUCCUCCCUGCCAUGGGCUCCUGGUGGAGAUGUGGGGCUGCUCCCUACCACCCUGACUCAAGUGCUGGGGUUUGGUGGCCACUGAGCAUCCCUGCAGAGCGGUUCUGGGACGUGGAUGCUGGGGGUGCCCUCUCCCAAAAGCUCAUCCCCAGCGUGCUUCUCCAGCCCUGCCUUGAAGCCCUGCACACCCCGGUAGGCACAAGCAGGGGUUUGGGAGGGAUCAAGAAUUUGGGGUGGCCUGAUGCCCAACACUCCUGGUCCCUACAGUCCCCACUGUUCCCUGACUUUUUCCCCAUCCCAAAUCCCAUCUCCAUUUGAUAUCCCCCCAAAUUAUCCUUUAACUGCAAAAUAUGAGGCUUUUAGUGUCUUCUACCAUAUCCCACCUGCCCAGCCACUGACCACAGCCAGGGUGUGUGACCCUGACCUGGCAAGCUCCGUCCACAAUGACCCUGUCCCUCUGCCUCCUCAGCUGCAGGGAGGAGUGCGGGUGUCCAGCAUUGGGAAGUGCCCAGCACCCUGCCCUGGGGCAAUUUUGGGAGAGGAGAGGGUGCCUGGAGCCAGCACAGCAAGCAAUAAUAGUCUCCUUUGCUCCCACACACUCCUGGAGACAGAGCCAAUCAGGGUUUGAAUCCAACACUGUUUAAUUUAAAAGCUUCUUAUAGACUUUUUUUUUUUCUGAAAUAAGUGUUUUUCCAAUCACUUUUUUUUUUAAACUUUAUUUUGUGGAAAUUCUUCCUGUGGGUGUUUUGUUUCCAUGUGCUACAAUCAGGUGUUGUUGUACUGUUGAGCUCAAGAGAAAUUCUGUUUACUGGAAUAAACCUUUCUGACUUCA